CUCCUCCUCCUCCUCUUCCUCCUCCUCCGCCUCCUCCUCCAGCCUCACCUGCUCCGCCUCCGUCCACUCCACUGCCGCAGCAGCACCGGAGCCGGCGGACGGACGAGAAGGAUCAGCUGAGCAGUCUUCUGGGAAAUACGGGAAUAUAUCUAAAGGGUGAAGAUGGUGAAACUGGGGAGUAAUCUUCAAGACAAAGGCGCCAAACCUGUGAGCGUGGAGGAUGGCUUUCAAAAUGUGCCCCUCAUCACCCCGCUGGAUGUUGGCAGCCUCCAGAGCCAAGCGCCUGACAAGGUGGUGGUGAAAACCCGCACAGAGUACCAGACGGAGAAGAAGCGGCCUGAAGGUCCCAAGGUGGAGGAGUUCACCAUCAGCUUCACCGACGGCGUCUCCGAGAGACUGAAGGUGACGAUCCUGAUCAUCCUGGCCUUGGCCUUCCUCGCCUGCAUCGUGUUCCUGGUGGUUUAUAAAGCCUUCACCUACGACCAUGCCUGCCCGGAUGGAUUCAUUUAUAAGCACAAGCGGUGUAUCCCCGCGUCACUCGAGGCCUACUACGCCGCGCAGGACGCCAACUCCAGGGGCCGCUUCUACACGGUGAUCAGCCACUACAGCAUGGCCAAGCAGACCACCUCGCACUCCGUCUCCCCCUGGCUGCCCGGGGGGCCGGCGGGGCACGACGCCAAGCCCCCCAGCGGCGAGGGCCACUGAGUUAGCCGGAGGACGCCGACGCACACACAGACAACACGGCAGACGUUGAACAUGAAGCAGUGCAUACAGACGUAGACGCAGACACAAAACACGUAGGCGAAUAUCUAGAGUUUUAGACAAAAGAGACGCAAAUUGACAUCUAUAGUGACGAUGUAGAGUGAAAACAUGCAUGCAGACAUCAAAACACACACUCAAGCACACGCUCGGUUAUAUCUUAAUUCCCCCCGUCUGCUCAUUGACGUGCUCGCUCUCUUAUCGAGGGGCAUCGGGUCCUUGGCUCUGUUGGGAUUGCCAUCGAUACACACUGACACAUAUCAACACACGAGUCUGCUCUCCUGACAUCAUGUUUACUCCCCUCCUCUAAUUUAUCGCCCAUCGACGGUCACGAUAUAUAUAUUUAUUUUUUACUGUACUGUAUGGAUGUUUUGUAUGUGAUUACCAGGUAACUCUUUGUACAAAGGCACGAGUCAAUGCUGAAUUUCAAGCUUCUUCUUUGUGGGAUUCUCCGGAGUUUGGAGUCGUU